UUGAUUUAAAGUCUAAAGCUUCAUAUUUACUACAUAAAAUUUUAUUUAAGAGGACAUUUUAGAGGACAUUUGCGACAAUGUCCUUGUGUCUGAUGUUUUAAAAUUUUUUACUUUCGUUCGCUUGUGUUUCAAUGAGAUCCAUGUUUACAUGGCUAUCCCAUAAAAUUUAAUAAAACUGAAAAUACGAUGCAAAACACAAAACAAUGAUGAAGUGCCUCAUUUGAGUAGGGGUUUUAAUUGUAAAUUAAGUCGCUAUUGUAUGUCGAUACGAAAUACCAAGCAGAAAGGCCAUGCAAAUUAUGGUGCCUGAACUUUUCAUCUUAGUAAUACUCUCAGCAUGCCUAGAUAAAUUUGCUGUUGGUGAAUUUCAGCAAAGUCUAGCUAUAACUGAUAUCUUGCCCGAAGACGUUAAGCGAUACGAUAAGAUGCGACCACCAAAAAAACAGGGGCAACCAACCAUAGUUUAUUUUCAUGUAACAGUAAUGGGUUUAGAUUCUAUUGAUGAGAACUCCAUGACUUAUGUAGCCGAUAUAUUUUUUGCACAAACAUGGAAAGAUCACCGCCUUCGUUUACCAGAAAAUAUGACAGCAGAGUAUCGUUUACUUGAAGUCGAUUGGCUGAAGAAUAUGUGGCGGCCAGAUUCAUUUUUUAAAAACGCUAAGUCUGUAACGUUUCAAACGAUGACCAUACCCAAUCACUACAUGUGGUUAUAUAAGGACAAGACAAUUCUGUACAUGGUUAAAUUGACAUUAAAACUAUCUUGUAUCAUGAACUUUGCUAUAUACCCGCACGAUACUCAGGAAUGUAAAUUACAAAUGGAAAGUCUCUCGCAUACUACAGAUGACAUGAUAUUCCAGUGGGAUCCAACCACUCCACUAGUGGUCGAUGAGAAUAUUGAACUACCCCAAGUAGCACUUAUACGGAAUGAAACAGCCGAUUGCACUCAAGUUUACUCCACUGGAAACUUUACAUGUUUGGAAGUAGUAUUUACGCUGAAACGUCGUUUGGUUUAUUAUAUAUUUAAUACUUAUAUUCCGACCUGCAUGAUUGUUAUUAUGUCUUGGGUUUCAUUUUGGAUAAAACCAGAAGCGGCGCCAGCACGAGUUACAUUGGGUGUUACUUCUCUAUUAACUCUUUCGACACAACAUGCUAAGUCACAAUCAUCGUUACCACCAGUUUCCUAUUUAAAAGCAGUCGAUGCGUUUAUGUCCGUUUGCACUGUUUUUGUUUUUAUGGCUCUAAUGGAAUAUUGUCUCAUUAAUAUUGUAUUAAGUGACACGCCUAUUCCUAAACCAAUAGCUUAUCCUCCAAAACCAGUGCCAGAACAACCAAAGAAAGAACCAGAUCCUCUGCCUUCUUUACCAGCUAAUGCAACAAAACAAAUUGUUGGCGAAAAAAUUGAAAAAAUAGAAAAAAUUUUUGAUGAAAUGACUAAAAAUAAGCGG